CAUGUUCAAGAACAACGACACAUUACAUUGUAUAUCUGUCUUAGGCUUAAAAAAACGACAUAAGAUGAUCGAUGUCUUUCUUAUGCACUAUGUCUCUCUUCUCAGCUAAUUCCAAUAUCCAUAAACAUUGAAGUGGAAGCAAAGAAACAAGAAAAUGGACCCAACCGAUCAUCCUCAAAUAUUUCUUACACCCUCUCAUUCCAAUCCAUCAUCCAACAAUGGAUUCCGAUUUCAGCUCCACCGUCGACACCUCUCGUCCCUUCACCUCCGUCAAAGAAGCCGUCGCCAUAUUCGGCGAACGCCUUCUCCUCGGGGAACUAUACUCUCCAAAGCCCUUCUCAUCAGGCACUUCGGUGAACAGACCGUCUCCAUCACCGUCGCCAUCACCACCGCCGACGAAAACUCACCAAGACAGUGGCGAGCUCGUUGACGUGAUAAGGAAGCUGGAGGCAGAGCUCGAGAAAACGAAGGCGGAGCUGAAGCUGCUCAAAGAAAGAGGCACCGAAACCGAGGUUGCGCUGGCAACGCUCAACGCGCAGCUUCAUAAAAACAUGUCCAAGUUGGCUCAGGCCGAGGCCGCCGCCGCCGGGAAGGCCGCUGCGGCGACGCCGACCAAGACGGUGCGGUUUGAGAUCAGCGAAGAUGAGAAAAACAAAAGGGAGUUGGCGAGGAAGAAGGAAGAGUCGCGAAGCUUGGGUCACAUUCUGAGUCUUGGAGAAAACGACCAUCUUUUUGGAACCAGAAAAACGAGGAAACACAAACCUAUUAUCCCUCUUGUCGGGGAUUUCCUUUUCAGGAGAAAAUCAUCUUCCACUACUCAUCAUCACAAUCCUCUUUAUGCUUCUCCUUUUUAAUCUAUGUUUUAUUUCUUCAUCAUUCUUAAUUUCUACUCACUCUGUUAUGCCUGUGACUUUGUCUUUUUCUUCUUUUUUCGAUUGUUCUU